AUGCAUGCCAAAUUGAACUUGACUUGCCCCGCCGGGUUCGGAAAACGCCAUACUUCGCACCAGCCGUCUCUGUCGCCCGCAGAAAAAGAGUGCAUAGGCCAGACUAUUGUGCGAACUUAUGAAUGUCUCGAGAAGCAUGGCGCGGAAGUGAAGGACCUCAUGGCUAUGGUUGCGCAGCUUCGCGAGGGAGAACAAGAGCUGAAGGAGCGGCGAAAAGUCCAGCAGGCAUACCUCGUGCCGGGUCACCAUCCUGUCGCAGGAUUUUCCUCCCUUCUGGCGCGCUCCUCGUGCCAUCUCAGGCGCCUUUUCCUCGUAUACCCACCACGCGGCAUCUUGGACGCUUUGUACAGCCCCGCCCUGCAAGGCCUAACCACACUCGAUAUCCGGACGGACGACGACGCGCCCUUGACAAAGGCCUUCAUCGACUCGCUCUGCGCAGCGCAUAGCGAUGGGACGCCCUGCCUCCUCCCGCUCCUAGAGAACCUGGAACUCGGCGGGGAGUCAGAAGGCUUCACUGUGAACACGCUGGUCAUGAUGGCCGAGGCACGGCGUCAGAUGGGACGCCCUCUGAAGCGGUUCCUCCUGAACAUGAUGUUGAUGGGCAUGUCGAACUUUGACUUUGGGUGGACUGACAAGGUAGAGGCCCGGAUGUGCCAGGUGGCGGACGAGCUGGAGGUGUGCGGGAGGAACUGUAUGGGCAUACACGAGUAA